UACAUCUCUUUCUGUUCUGAUAGACAUUAAAAACGGGUCAGUUCAGGGCACACGUAAUGCAGCUUACCACACCAAGGUUUCCUGUUGUCAUCAAGAUAGGGCAUGCACAUGCAGGAAUGGGCAAGGUUAAGGUAGAUAAUCAUCAAGACUUCCAAGACAUUGGCAGCGUCAUCGCCAUCACCAACUGUUAUGCUACAACAGAAUCAUUCCUCGAUGCUCAGUAUGACAUCAGAGUGCAGAAAAUUGGCAAUACUUACAAAGCUUUCAAGAGGACUUCAAUUUCUGGGAACUGGAAGGCAAACACAGGCUCUGCUGUAGUAGAGGAGAUUCCAAUGAAUGAUAGAUUCAAGUUAUGGAUAGAUGAAGCUGCAAACCUGUUUGGAGGAAUGGAUAUUGUCACAGUGGAAGCUAUACAUACUAAAGAUGGCAAGGAUUUCAUCAUUGAGGUGAAUGAUUCUUCCAUGUCUCUAAUGGGUGAAAAACAAGAAGAGGAUAGAAAAGCAAUAGCAGAUCUAGUCAUUCAAAAAAUGCAUGCUGUUAUCAUCAAAAACACCAUCAGUACAAAAGCAAGUUCUUCAUCACUGCUAAGCACCAGUCCAGCCCCAAGUACUUCUCGCUCCGCACCUCACUCCCCCUCAGCUACCUCCCCACAGACCACACCCUUCAGGGCUUCUAACAACCAUACCCCAAACAGCGUCAAGUCCUUGGGUGCCCCCAGUACGACAUCAACCUCCAAUGCCACAGCGGGAGGUUCUCAGGCAUCUUUAUCAGCCAAGAUGACACCAACAGAAGACGAAGAUACCUUCAAGAACCUUAAGAAAACUUUUGCAAGCAUCUUUGGCGAUUUGUGAUAACUUAUUUUAUUUCACUGCAGAGCAUAUUGUUAGGCUGAGUUUGAAUGUCUUUUUGAUUGUCCAAAUGGUUUUCUGUCAAUUUCUUUUUAUAUGUUGCAAAUCAAUAGGGGAAUACUCAUCUAGCAGAGUAAAUUUUCUUUUGACUUCAGCAUGUGAUGUUUAAAUAAAGCUUAUGUAACUAGCUAGUGUAAGCCUGAAUAACAUACACCAAGAAAUGAAACAGUUCAGUCAGUCUACUUAAGUUUACCAUCAAGUCAAAUACCGGACAAUGUCUAAUUUGUUGGAUGUCAAGAUUUCUUUCGUCCCAAGUGAUUCAAAUUUGGCAGAUUCACCAGUAGUUGAAUCUUAUAUGGAUACUUAUCAAUUCAUAGAAAAUAUGCAGACUACUAAUUAAUGGCUCUAAGUCUGAAUGU